ACAAAGUAUAACUUAGGCGUAUGGUUUGGCACCAGCUUGUAGGUAUCCAAUUCGAUCCCUGCCUUUUGUAAGCCGUAGCUUGGAGGUACCAGCUCCGGUACUUAGGUGAGGACUGGCUAGGUGGACAGAGCCAGGUACCUGUCUCAUGUGCGCACCUACGAGUAUACGCCUCGCGCCUGCCGUCCACGUCCAUCCCCAGAUCCGACUGCCAUUGCUCUUUCCGUAGACGGCCGCCUUCCAUGCCUGCCGCCUCCAGCUCUUGUCUCUGCUGGUCCCGGACCUGUUCUGUUGCUCGAAACGUCCCAAUGCGACUCUGUCACCAGUCUUGUCCUCCCGCUUCUCUUCUGCCUCCUCCUCUACCACGUCCACCAACCUCUGUCUUUGCAACCCUGCUUCGGCGGCUAUCCCUCUGGUCCUAUACUUCGGAUCCUCUGUUUCUACUUCGGCUCCACAUCCUCCACGCGCAGAUCUACUUACAUCCAGGUUGUACGCAAUCCGCUUCACACACACACGCGCACGCACCACUCCCCAGACCCAUGUUCCAUAGAUCCCGCAUCAUCGCACGUUUGUUCCCCCCCCCCCUCCGCCCCUCCUUCUCCUCCCCACUUACAGCAUCCCCAAAGUCCCAUGUUUCCUCUCUGGCUUGUUUUUGGGGAACCCUAGCUCUCGUGGCUCAAAGGAUCGGCCUUGAGUUGCCGCGCUGUAGACUCUAUAUCUUACCUCUUUGACCUCCCGGCUUAAGUCACCCUUGCGUGGCGGACUCCAUUGUUCAUUUACUGUUUAAAGUCCUCUUGCUACGCCUUCGUCACACCCUACACCUACUCCUCUUCCCCCCCCCUCUCGUUUCGCUUAUCGGUUUUUCGG